AUGUCCAAAGAGAAAAGAAUUAUGCAAUCCAUAUCAAGUAUCUCCUCCAACAUGUUUUCUAUUCCAACGCUGAAUGGCUCAAAGUUUUGGGAAUGUAAAUAUGACCUUGCAUUCAGAGAGGAUCGUCCAACGAUUUCAGAUUCAAGUACUGAUCAGUAUCGCAGUAAACUUGAACAUUGGGACAUCUCUAACCGCACAAUUCUCAUGCUAAUCAAGCAUUCUAUUCCAUCAGUCUUCAGGGGCAUUGUGUCCGAUGAGGUGGUGUUAGCUAAGGAUUAUCUCGUUGCUUUGGAGAAGAGCUUUGCCAAGAAUGACAAAGCUGAAACGAUUACCCUUCUAGCGGAUCUUUUCUCCAUGAGGUGUCAAGGCAUGGGCAGUAUCCGAGAGUACAUCUUAAGAAUGUCUAACACAGCCUCCAAGCUAAAGGCACUUGGACUUUCUUUGGCUGAUGAUUUCCUCGUGUGUUUAGUUUUGAGUCAUGGGCCCGGUUAA